AUGGUGGUGCUUCGAGUGCUCCUUGCGGCGGCGGUGACGCUGCAGACAACUUGGGCGUCUCAGUGCCCCAACGACUGCAGUGGCCACGGCCUCUGUCACUAUCAAGGCGUCUGUCAGUGCUCCCAGUCUUUUAUGGGCGCCGACUGCUCGCUGCUCAAGUGUCCGAUGGGCACAGCGUGGGCCGACUACCCGCAGUCGUCUGAGAAUGCGCACAACCUCGCCGAGUGCGCCAACCGAGGUGUCUGCAACCGCGCAACAGGGCUCUGCGACUGCUCCCCGGGCUUUACCGGCGCUGCUUGUGACCGCAUGGCUUGCAAAUGCAACGGCCGCGGCACGUGCCUCUCGAUGAGCCAGCUCGCGAUGACCAAGGAUCCAGGUCUUGGCACGGUGCACCCCUACACGACGCCAUGGGACGCCAACCAAAUCUACGGCUGUCACUGCGACGAUCCGUUUACAGGCUACAGCUGCACUGAAAUGCAAUGUCCCCGCGGCGACGACCCCCUCACGGGCACGACCCAAGACCCCAACGGCGUCCAAUUCAAUGAAAAGCAAGUCGUCACGUGCAUGGCCACGGGCGGGUCGUUCACGCUGGCCUUUCGAGGCUUUACCACGGCGCCGAUUUCCGUGUCCGACUCGGCCGCCAGCAUGCGAGCCAAGCUCUUGGCACUGCCAUCUCUGCACGGCGUCGUCGUCACGUACUCAGGUCUGACGCCCACGGCGUGCACCGUGCUCGGUCAUGCCAUCACGAUCGAAUUCACACAAGACUUUGGCAAUCUGCCGUCACUGGUGGGUAAUGCCGGCGCCUUGACGCUAACGACGGUCGGCGCGUCGCCCCGGCUAACCAUUGUCACGACGGUGCACGGCACAAAGGAAGAUGUCUACUGCUCCAACCGCGGUCUCUGCGACCGGUCGACGGGCACGUGCAACUGCUUUCCCAACUAUGUCUCGAGCGACGGCUACGGCAACGUGGGUCGGCGCGGCGACUGCGGGGCCGUCGCGUUGGCUAUCACGCAGUGUCCGGGUAAAACCUUGGCCUGCAGUGGCCACGGUGUCUGCCAAGGCCCCCCGACGUUUGCGUGCAUUUGUGCCAGCGGGUUCCAAGGCGGCGACUGCUCCGAGCAGCAAUGUCCGAUGGGCACUUCUUGGUUUGAUAUACCAAGCAGCCCGAAUGGUGCGCACCAACUCGCCGAGUGCUCAAAUGCGGGGACGUGCGACCGAACGCGGGGCGUGUGCUUGUGCGACACGCGCUUCACGGGCGCCGCGUGCAAUCGGCUCGAGUGCCCCAACGACUGCAGUGGCCAUGGCACGUGCCUCACGAUGCAAAACCUCGCACCGCUCACCAAGCUCAACGGCGACCCGCGGACGGCAUUUACCUACGGGAGCAUUCCCAACAACAACCCGACGUGGGACUACAACCAAGUACAAGGCUGUGCAUGCAACCCUGGCUACGAAGGUUUCGACUGCUCUAAAUUGUCGUGUCCCACGGGCGACGACCCGUUGACGUAUUACGACAAGAAUGGCGUGGCCCAAGUCAACGCCGUCCAAACGAUCGUGUGCACGGCCACGACGGGCACGUUUACAUUGGGCUUUCGCGGUGACUUUACCGCGCCGCUCCCGUUUACGAUCACCAGUGCGACGCUCGCGAGCAUCCUCAACCUCCUCCCCGCCUUUGGCCAGGUGCUCGUCUCGUACUCGGCGGGCGCGGCGGCGUGCACGAGCAACGGCGCCAAUGUCAUCUCGAUCUCAUUUUUUGCCGUGUUUGGGGCGCACCGGUACGCUAUACAACGAACGGGGUGACGUCGAUCGCAGUCUACAGCGACGGUACGAUGGGGUCGGUUGUCGGCACCAAAGAAGACGCUCUCUGCUCCAACCGCGGGCUCUGCGACUAUACUAAAGGCCACUGUGUGUGCGCGACGGGCUUUACAAGCAGCGACGGCUACGGCCACGCGGGGACGCGCGGCGACUGCGGCUACAUGGAGCCCGUGUACCUCAACUCGGCCGGCGAGUACGCCAACGCCAACUGGAUGAACUAAACUCACGUUAAACUGUUGUAUGGAUG